ACAGUAGCUUAUGUGUUUGUGUAGCUCGCUCUCGUAAAAGCCCAUGGUUUCGGAGCUAGAUUUGCACAUGAUCAAUUAGUGUGUUGCUUAGGUAAGCACCAAAUGUGUCUUGAUGUAACCGUUCUGUAAAUUCACGAUCUUGCGGACCGCAGCAAAUGAUGCUAUCUUUUUUUACGUUAAUGCUUUCGAGUAUCAUGAAAGCAACUAACGCCGGCUUCCUUAUCUCUUCUUUUGAUUAAGUAUUUUGUAUACUUUUUUUCGGCGACUUAAUAGUCAUUUUCUUUAGCAACGCUGGACAUAAUAAAAGGUAAUAAAUUUUAAACAAUUAUUAUAUGAUAUAUAUAUAUAUAUAUAUAUUCUAAAUUAAUUAGUUUAAUACUAUUUCACGAUGUUGUCAAUAUGUAUUUACAUUACACAUAGUUACUUGCAAGGAUACUAUGCCUAAAGCCCUUUGUUUCCAAUUUUCAAUUACCCAAACAGCCCAUUUUAAGUACUACAUCCAUUCCAUUGAUAUACUCAUCGCUUAAUAAGAACAAGUGCAUUGAAUGGUGUUUGUUUGCACCUGCUUUUCAUAAAUUCCAAUAACUCUACCAGAUUAGGAGAAUAUUGCUUGGACCCGAAACAAAAAUACCCGAACGCCUUUCAGCAAAACUUGCGAGGAGGUGUGUGUUUGCUUCAGGUUACUCUAUAAUCAGUAAUGAAAGUAUUAAUUCAAGCGCAUUUUCAGAGAUGUAUUUUUAUAAAAGAAAAAAUUAACGAUUGACUGAGCAGAUAGCUUAAAUAUACAGAGAAUCAUUUUCUCUUUCCUCGUUUUUUCUUUUUUUGAGACUUUGUGCUGGAUUGAGCCUUCUGGACAGCAGGCUUUUCCGUAACCUGUGCUUGAACUUCCUGUGGUUUUGCCUCUAAUAGAAAUGUUAGCAUUUGUAACACAUACUCGAGCAAGUGAUUACUAACCCUCUUCCACGGGAAUGUCUUUUCCAUUCAUUACAAAGGCAAACUUUCCUUGCAUCUGUAUUAAGUGUGUCAUUUCAGCCAACUUAUCUGUACGAUAUUUCAGACAAAUGCCAUUGGCAAUUUCAUAGGCUUUUACGAAAAUGUAAGCAUCUGCUUCAUGUAUACGAUAUCUGAUUACAAGUUUCGUCUGCUCUUAGUACAAGCACCCAAUUUUUUUAUAUAUCAACUUACUGUUGAGGGAUACGCAUCUAAUAAGAGCUUUGUUUCUUCUAAAAACUCAUUAAGAGUUCUAAAGACAACCAUAUUAUUAGUUGUUCUUUCGGGUCGUUUUUUUUUCUUGGUUUGGUUCUCGUACUGAAGGAAGACUGACUACACAACCAAAUUUGGACAAAAGUCUUAACCAUCUAAUGCCACCAGAGUGAGUCCCUUUGUUAAAGAAUUUUGUUAAAAAUGGCCAAAAGAUUAAAGCCACAUGGAGAAUCAAAAAAGAGCGAUGGACAAAAAAGCAUUGUUGAGCUGUUAGCAUUAACUAAGUCAUCAUUUGGCAUCCAAGAACAUAAUCCGGAACUAAAAAAGGAGCAGUUAAAGCAUAGACAAACCCAAAAAAAGAAGCUUAACAAACUAAGACAGCGAAAACUUACACCGAAUGUACUCAUACAUCGGACGAAACGCGAAAAGACGAAUUUACGUGCUGACAAAAGCAAACACCUUCCAUUAACUAAAAUACCUGGGAACUUAAAAAAAUUACGGGAUCAACGCCGCAGGCAGCAAAAGCUUGAGUUAUCUAUUUUUAAAAAAUCACCAAAGGAUAAAAACAAGGAAACAGAAUACACCGAGGAUAUUUCAUUAGAAGGAGAUAAUGUUACAGUUGAAAGCCAACCAUUCAAAACUAGUUCGAAAUUCGAAGACGUUAAAAAACAAUCACCACGAACAAGUCCUAAUAUCGCUGCUCAUGAAGUAAAAACGGAUAUUCCUAUUAAAUCAAGUCAAGAAACCAAGGUAUCUUCAACUCACCCAUCUCCUGAAAACGAUGAUGACCUAGAAUCAGAAGAUUCUGAACCAGUAUUCACUCCCAGAGCUCGCCUGAAAAAGCAUCGCAAACUGGUACGCGAUGAGGAUAUCAACAUUGAUUUUGAUGAGGAGGUUCGUCGCGAAGCAGAAGAACUUGAUGAUGUUGAUCUUGAGGUAACUGGUGCUCGGAUAAGGAAUCCGAAAAAGCAGCUGCUUUUACAAAAACUGAAGCAAUUGCGGGGGCGUAAACAUAGUCCAGUUCUCAAUGAUUCUGAUACAGAUGAAGAGACCGACAAUAAAGAGAGUACCUCCGAGUUAAGUGAAUCUCAACAUUCAGAUAGUGAUUCAUUUGUUGUGGAUGAUGCAGAAGAUUUAACUGAAGUCCAAGCUUCCUUACCAGUUGAAUUUUCAAGUUCAAGUUAUCAGGGCUUGAAGUUUCAUUUUCGGAAUUGCAUCAAGAUAAUGGUUUACCGCAGUAUGGAUCAGAGCUAUUCACUCGACAGCAAUGAGCAUCUAGCAUUCUCAUUGCAUACCGUGCGACGGCGAAUGGCAUCGGUGGUUGACUCAACUAUCACCUCUAGUGCUUGGAGAUCGGAUUUUCUUGAACAACUUAAAACUCGUCCCAUGAUGAGAAGUAAAAAGUGUGAGCCUGUAAUGGGUUGUUCCGCUUGUCAUAUACAAACACGAGUGUCUACACAUUGUGUUCGAUUUACUGGUUCCUUAUACGAUAAGAACACAUAUCAGUCAAUUUCGAAAAAGCGCAAGGAUGUUCCCGAAGCAAAGGACCUGCCAAUCGGUGUAUUUUGUUUUCGAAGAGCCCGAAUGGCACACAAUGCUUUCCACUGGGAAUACAGGGCAUACCAGCAUGUCGAAGCGGAGGUGUCACAAGCUAGAAAGAAGCUUUCCACAAAUGACUAUGAUAACCUCGAUGAUGUUGUUGCCUAUGUUUUUGACACCUGCAUAGACGAGAAGUUCAUUGAAAGUCAAUGGACAGAGUACUCUAGGCUAUUACAAUGCAACAGCAAUUUCUUUGAAAGUUUUACCAAGCAAAAAAAGAGAUAGGCUGUUUAUUUAACAUGUGCAAUAGUUUUGAUUUUUUUUUUUAAUACAGCUUUUGUCAUCACUCUAAUUUCUGCAAAAUACUUUGCUUAAUUUUUAACAAUUCAGACCAAAACAAAAAUUCCAUAUUUAAACCUAUCUUCUAGCCUUUGCCCUACG